AUGGCUGGACUGCAGCUAUUGGAGUUGGUGCAGACAUUGGACAGCAGCUGUAGAGGGCUGGAAGAGGUGGACAGCAGGGGAGAAACCUGGAAAGAAAUAUUGCUUCACUUAGUUAGAAUUUACGUACUGGCAAUUGCAAGAGAUGUCUUUGAACUUAACAGGUUGAUUAAUCCAGUUGUCGUGUCUCCUACGGUUGCUGCAGUUGGCCUUUCAUUUUUCAGUUACGGUUUUACUCAAGUUGGAAACUGCCUAGAGAUUGGAAUUAUGCAGAUAUUGCUGGUCGUCAUAUUUGCACUGUAUCUGCGCAAGAUAAGGAUUAUGGUCAUCUUUUUAAUCUAUGCAGUUCCUCUUAGUCUGGGAGUCACUUGGGCCAUUGCUUUUUCCCUGACAGAGGCUGGACUCUAUAGCUAUAAAAGCUGUGACAUAAACGUACCCACCUCAAAUACUCUAUCAGCUUAUUGCAGGAAGCAUGUACCUAGGAUGAAGCAUUGCCGUGUCGACACUUCCAAUGCUUUAAGUGCGUCACCAUGGUUUAGGUUUCCAUACCCCUUACAAUGGGGCACACCGGUUAUCAACUGGAAAAUGGUCAUCGUCAUGUGUGCAGUAUCAAUAAUUGCAUCAGUUGAUUCAGUUGGUUCAUACCAUGCAUCUUCCUUGUUGGUGGCAUCUAGGCCACCUACAGCUGGCAUACUCAGCAGAGGGAUUGGCUUAGAAGGUGUUUCUAGCAUCUUGGCUGGUCUAUGGGGAACAGGAGUUGGCUCUACAACUCUUACUGAGAAUGUUCACACUAUUGCUGUGACAAAAAUGGGUAGCCGAAGAGCUGUUGAGUUUGGCGCUGUUAUUCUAAUUCUUAUUUCUUUUAUUGGUAAAAUCAGCGGCUUUAUUGCUUCAAUUCCAAUGGUCAUGGUUGCUGCUCUUCUUUGCUUUAUGUGGGCAAUGCUUGCUGCUCUGGGCUUGUCAAACCUACGCUACAGUGAGGCUGGGAGUUCAAGGAACAGUAUCAUUGUUGGACUUUCUUUAUUUUUUUCUUUGUCAAUUCCUGCUUAUUUCCAGCAAUUUGGACUCGUUCCUAAUGCCAACUCAGCCGUACCAAGCUACUUUCAGCCUUAUAUUGUUUCAUCUCAUGGACCUUUCCACACUUCCUAUGGUGGCGUAAAUUAUGUUCUGAAUACACUUAUGUCAUUAAACAUGAUCGUCGCCUUUCUCAUAGCUGUAAUUCUGGACAAUACUGUUCCUGGUAGCAGACAUGAACGUGGAGUCUAUGUUUGGUCUGACAGUGAAGCUGCAAGAAGUGAAGCUUCUUUUCAAAGAGAUUACGAACUUCCUUUUAAAGCUGGGAGGAUUUUCAGAUGGGUAAAGUGGGUUGGCCUCUGAUAUACAGCUUUCCUAUAUUCUUCAUUCUCUCUAAUCUAUAAAGAGAUCAAGAAGCAGUCUCAUCAUUCUUCCCCUUCAGAUUCAGAAAUAUGUUCAUCUUUCUGCAGAGUUGCAAGUUCAUGGAAAUGUCCUUUUUCCAGGUGAGAAUGUCUUUCUUCUGUAAGUGGAAAUCCUGUUCUUCUUUUCCUCUGUAAGAACAGUUUUGUUUACUUGUAUUUGCUUUUUUUACCUUUUUUUUUUACUUUUUUUUUAUCCUUUUUUUAUGUAUUUCUUAUUUAGGAGGGUUCAGAUUCUUUGAGAUUUUGUUUUUCUGUACAGCGUGGUGUGCUUUGGAUUCUGGGAGGUGAUAUUUAGUUGUAAUUUCUGCUGUAAAUGUGCUCUAAAUCUUUAUGAUUUUUGCAUAGGAGAAAUUAUUCUGUGCGGAUGCCGGACGCAGCUCUACGUUCAAAUGCCGUGGUACUGAGCUGCGGUACUGAGUGGUACCGCAGCUCGGUACUGGCUGCGGUAUGGUAAAAGGGUGACAUAGUAUAUUCUGAUUGGUCUCCGGACGGUGUUCGACGUCCGCACAGAAUAAUUUUUGGAGAAUUUUUGUUUAUGUUUUCUACAUCCUGUUCUCACAAAUGAGGUGACGCUGUGAUUUAGAUGUGAAGCAUGUGGCAUAAUGCAUUAUUAUUGUGAGAUCUUUUCUCCCCUCUAUUUGAAGGAUAGCAAUUUUCUUUUAUUUUU